CGUUUCCGAUAUUAAUUAAAGAUGUAUAGAGUAACCUUGAAAUGUCUUGCCCUGAAAUUUCUCCUUUUAAUAUCCUUAUUCUCUUCAAGGUUCAGGACUUGUGACGCUAGGCAGAGUGUAUACUGGAAAGGGAACCGCAGGUCUAUCGCCGAAGGAGAAAGUUCUGGAACAAUCAAUGUGCUUGACUAUGGCGCAAAAGGUGACGGGACAAGUGAUGACACAAAGGCUUUUGAAGAUGCUUGGAAGGAAGCUUGUAAGGUGGAAGGGUCGACAUUGUUAGUUCCAUCUGGUUCUACGUUUCUUGUCGGUCCUGUUUCCUUCCUCGGAAAAGAAUGUAAAGAGAACAUUGUUUUUCAGUUAGAAGGAAAGAUCAUAGCUCCAACGAGUUCAAGUGCCUGGGGAUCAGGACUCUUGCAAUGGAUAGAGUUCAAAUCACUUAAAGGAAUCACUAUCAAAGGAAAAGGGAUUAUAGAUGGACGAGGAUCCGUAUGGUGGAACAAGUCCCCUGACUAUGAUCCAGACCAACUGUCUACGAAAAUGCCAAGAACUAAACCAACAGCCUUGAGAUUCUAUGGGAGUAACGGUGUAACGGUCAAUGGAAUAACCAUACAGAACAGUCCUCAAACCCACCUCAAGUUUGAUAACUGCAUAAGCAUUCAAGUGUCUGAUUUCACAACCUCAUCCCCUGGAGAUUCCCCGAACACAGAUGGCAUCCACCUACAAAACUCUCAAGAUGCUGUUAUCUACCGCAGCACGCUGGCUUGUGGAGAUGACUGUAUAUCAAUUCAAACUGGAUGCUCGAAUAUCUACAUACACGAUGUGGAUUGUGGGCCUGGCCAUGGAAUUAGCAUCGGAGGACUAGGCAAAGAGAAAACAAAGGCGUGUGUUUCAAACAUCACUGUCCGUGAUGUCACGAUGCAUGAAACUACCAACGGUGUACGAAUCAAAUCCUGGCAGGGAGGGUCAGGGUCUGUGAAACAGAUUAUGUUUUCAAAUAUUCAAGUUAGCGAAGUAGCCAAUCCAAUUAUCAUAGAUCAAUAUUACUGCGAUGGUGGAGGAUGCCACAAUGAUACUUCAGCAGUCGCUGUAUCAAACAUAAACUACAUAAACAUUAAAGGUACCUACACAAAAGAACCUGUACGCUUUGCCUGCAGUGAGAGCUUGCCAUGCACAGGGAUCUCACUGUCCACCAUAGAGCUUAAGCCGGCCACUGAAAAGGCAAGUUUACGUGAUCCUUUCUGCUGGGAAGCACACGGUGAGCUAAAAACCAAGACUCUUCCGCCAAUUCAAUGUUUGAAAACACAAAAGUCACCAGGAGCUGCAAGUAAGUCUUACAAUGACGCUUGCUGA